GGAGUUGUGACAACAAAACCAAUCAUACAAUAAUAAACCUGAAUUGUGGAUUCAAUAACUCUUAUUUAAUGAAAGGAAAUAUUAUUCUGGACGUGAACAAUAACACUGAUGAUAAAUCAACAACGAAUUUGAAUCAAACCCAGGAAACGAAACGACAAAACGAUUACUUCUGAUGGAAAUUUCCCUAGAAGAAACGUUUAACCCAAACAAUGUGAAGUUUCAAUAUAUCUUUGCUUCUCUCAGACGAGAAUUCAUCCAAUUACUCAAGGUAACCUGUCAAAGAAGCUGCCAGAAUAGAAAUAACUUACUAUAUUUGAUUGAGAUGUCCGGAAAUUAUCCUACUCUGGCUGCAGAAAUGCUACUGCAAAGAAAUGAUGUAAUAGGUAGGAGGGAAAUUGGGCAAUUACUGGUAGCACCUUGUAAGACUAAUGGAAUCACACAUCGAGUUCAGUGGAGGAUUAAAAGGCAAAUUUGAAGUCGAGAGAAUCAAUGCUGAAUUGGAACUUGUAAGUCACUAUCACGAUACAAUUAACUUAAUAUCAUAUCAACAAGAAGACGACUCUAUUUGGGAAGAAAUCACAAAGGAAGGACAACAAUUGGCAAACCAACUAGUGAAAGAACUCGACCAAGUCAAAGAUUCGAUACAAGAAAAAUUGAAAAACAUAGUGAAUCAUUGGAAAUUAAUAACCAUUUGCAUAGAUAUUCUGAUUAUAUCAAUCGUAUUAAUCAUUAUCAAGUUGAAAUUCGAAUUAUUUAAAUCCAUAAUUUGCCUACCUCAUAGACGAAAUUCACGUUCAAUAAAUAUCAUUAUCCUUCCUACAAAUUUAGUAGAAACCCA